AUGGCUGCCCUUCCCCUCAGAUCCAAACAAAAAUCCAACGAGCCAAACCCCGCCAAGAAAAUCCCUUUAAAUUUUGCUGCAGAAUUUGUGCUCCUUGCAAUAUUCUUGGGGUUGACUUUUCACCAUAAAAGUCAAACCCAUCCAAAAUUGGUCUUGAUUUGCUAUUGUUUUAUGAUGUUUCUUAUGAUUGAUAUUCUUAUUGCAUUAUCUAGCUCUAUUGCUAAAAUCUUGGUUGGGUUAGAGCUAGAGCCACCUUCAAAUGAACCUUAUUUGUCAACUUCCCUUCAAGAUUUUUGGGGGAAAAGAUGGAACCUCACGGUAACAAAUACGCUGCGUCUCACCAUAUACAACCCCGUGAGGUCAGCAUUGUCGGAGGUAGUCGGUAAAAAAUGGGCCCUACGGUUUGCCGUGCUGGCAACUUUUAUCGUGUCCGGUUUAAUGCAUGAGCUGAUAUUUUAUUACGUUAAUGGCGUGAGUCCGUCGUGGGAAAUGACGUGGUUCUUUGUGCUUCAUGGGCUGUGUGUAAUGGUGGAAAUUGGAGUGAAGAGAGCUGUGAAGGACACGUGGCGGUUGCCUUGGUUCGUUUCUGGGCCGUUAACGGUUGGGUUUGUGGUGGCCACUGCUUUUGGGCUUUUCUUCCCACCGAUAGUUAGGAAUGGUGCAGAUGAAAGGGUACUUGAAGAAAUUGGGUCUUGCUAUGAUUUCCUCAAAGACAAAAUGCUUCAAUUGCCGAAUUUUGUGGGUCAUUUUAGAUAA